GCGCCUGCGCGCCUGCGCGCCGCUGGCGGACGGAGCCCGCCUGCCGAUGCCGAGCGGGCGCUGCGUCCCGUGGUCGGAGCCGCGUCUUCUCCCGGCUCCGUCACCAGCCGGGGCUCGGGUGGGGGCCCGGGCCCCCGGGGCAUGGCCCUCCGGAGUGAGCAGGGCGACGGCCCCACCUCCAGCCGCUGGGACGGCGGCGCGGAGAAGGCAGACUUUAAUGCCAAAAGGAAAAGGAAAGUGGCAGAGAUACACCAGGCUCUGAACAGUGAUCCCACUGAUGUGGCUGCCCUUAGACGCAUGGCUAUCAGUGAAGGAGGACUCCUGACUGAUGAGAUCAGACGAAAAGUGUGGCCCAAGCUCCUCAAUGUCAAUGCCAAUGACCCACCUCCUAUAUCAGGGAAGAACCUACGGCAGAUGAGCAAGGACUACCAACAAGUGUUGUUGGAUGUCCGGCGGUCAUUGCGGCGGUUCCCUCCUGGGAUGCCAGAAGAACAGAGAGAAGGGCUUCAGGAAGAACUGAUUGACAUCAUCCUCCUCAUCUUGGAGCGCAACCCUCAGCUGCACUACUACCAGGGCUACCAUGACAUUGUGGUCACGUUUCUGCUGGUGGUAGGCGAGAGGCUGGCAACAUCCCUGGUAGAAAAAUUAUCUACCCACCAUCUCAGGGAUUUUAUGGAUCCAACAAUGGACAACACCAAGCAUAUAUUGAACUACCUGAUGCCCAUCAUUGACCAGGUGAAUCCAGAGCUCCAUGACUUCAUGCAGAGUGCUGAGGUGGGGACCAUCUUUGCCCUCAGUUGGCUCAUCACCUGGUUUGGCCAUGUCCUGUCUGACUUCAGGCACGUCGUGCGGUUAUAUGACUUCUUCCUGGCCUGCCACCCACUGAUGCCCAUUUACUUUGCAGCUGUGAUUGUGUUGUAUCGAGAGCAGGAAGUCCUGGACUGUGACUGUGACAUGGCCUCGGUCCACCACCUGUUGUCCCAGAUCCCUCAGGACCUGCCCUACGAGACGCUGAUCAGCAGAGCAGGAGACCUUUUUGUUCAGUUUCCUCCAUCUGAACUUGCUCGGGAGGCCGCCGCCCAGCAGCAAGCUGAGAGGACGGCAGCCUCUACCUUUAAAGACUUUGAGUUGGCAUCAGCCCAGCAAAGGCCUGAUACGGUGCUGCGGCAGCGGUUUCGGGGACUUCUGCGGCCUGAUGAUCGAACAAAAGAUGUCCUGACCAAACCAAGGACCAACCGCUUUGUGAAACUGGCAGUGAUGGGGCUGACAGUGGCACUUGGAGCGGCUGCGCUGGCUGUGGUGAAAAGUGCCCUGGAGUGGGCCCCUAAGUUUCAGCUGCAGCUGUUUCCCUGAAAGCCAGAGAAGACCUUCCUCUUACAUCGCAUUAAGGUCUCACCUUUCCGUGGAAGGAUUGGGAGGAGUGGAAUUUCCUUUAUUAAAAGGGUUUCUGUCCA